UUUUGAAUUCAAAGACCCUGAGGUUUUACAAUGCCUGAUCACGAUAAAAAGGCAAAGAGAACAGACAGGACAACAGACAAGAAAGUGAAGGGGAUCCCUGACAAGGAAUUUUCUGAUCUUAAAAGACUGUUGUCUGUUCUUACAGUUCCAACAAAUAAACGGCAGUUGCCAACUGUGAGCCAUAACAAUGUCCGCAGCAGUGCUAUAAAAUCUCAUCAGCAUUGCUCCUUAGCAAACAGCAGUGGAAACAGAAACAAGACCCAACAUCAGCAACCCACUGAGGCAGUUGAACUAGAAACCUUUAGUGCAACUUACAGAAAUGAAAGAAGUUUUAGCAGCCUGCCACAUCACAAACUGUUUCUGGAAAUAUUCAGAGCUCUGGUUAAGAACAGACUUACUUGCAGUGAGUGGAUUAAUCAAGCCCCUCCUGAUAACUUCCUGCGAGUGUUGAUAUGUCUGCGAUUACUAAUGAGGGAGACAUUUUACCAGAAAGAAUUUCAUGAGCUUCAAGGGGUUGUUUGUCUUGCAAAGUACACAGAGACGGUUGCAAAUGGAUAUCUGGAAUGUGGAGAACAGCUGUUUCUUGUGGACAGACUGGUCAAUAUAACGUAUAUAUUUCAGAAACUGGCUGCAGUUGCAGAGCAAAGAGAAUGGAUUGUUGCAUCGGGAGCUCACAAGACUUUAGUCAAACUCCUUGCAGCCAGGGACAACAGUGUACUGCUGGGUGCUCUUUUGGCUCUAACUAGCUUAGCAGAAAGCCCAGAGAAUAAAAUGAAGAUUGGCAAGCUUGCCAUUGUGGAAAACCUAUUGAUGAUAUUACAGGAAUAUGAUUUGCUCUCAAAAAGGAUGGCAGCUGAGCUGCUCCGGCUUCUCUGUGCAGACGCCCAGGUGAGGGAGCAGGUGAAGGUCUAUGAAGGGGUUCCCAUUCUGCUGAGCCUGCUUCACUCGGAGCACCUCAAGCUGCUGUGGAGUGUGGUGUGGAUCCUGGUGCAGCUCUGCGAGGAUCCUGAAACCAGUGCAGAGAUACGGAUCUGGGGAGGCAUCAAGCAACUCCUGCAUAUUUUACAGGGAGACAGAGACUUUGUAUCUGAUCGGUCCUCUAUCGGAAGUUUAUCCAGUGCCAAUGCUUCUGGAAGAAUUCAGCAGCAGCACAUAUCAGAAGAGCUGAGUCCUCAAGAGAUCUGGGAAAACAUACUGUCACUGCAAGCAGCCUGCUGUGCUGCUCUGACAGAACUCGUUCUAAAUGAUACUAAUGCACACCAAGUUGUCCAGGAAAAUGGAGUGUAUGUAAUAGGAAGGUUAAUUCUGCCACAUAAGCAAAAGAUUGCACCAAAAAAAGAAAUGCUGCAGUGUUAUGCAUUUAGGGCUUUGCGUUUUCUCUUCAGUAUGGAAAGAAACCGACAUCUCUUUAAAAGACUUUUUUCUGCAGAAAUGUUUGAGAUGUUUAUUGACAUUGGACACUAUGUUCGCGACAUCACUGCCUAUGAAAAACUGGUCGCUACAUUUAAUACAUUUUCCGAUGAUGAACUAAAUCAAAUCAAAGAAAGUAUUGAGACUGUGAACCAGAACAAAGCUCCUUCAAAAAUAAUCAAUGGUUAUGCAAUUUUAGACCACCUUGGAAGUGGAGCGUUUGGCAGUGUUCAUAAGGUAAGGAAACACAGUGGACAGAACUUGCUUGCUCUGAAGGAAGUUAACCUGCACAAUCCUGUCUUUGGGAAAGAUAAGAAUGAUCGAGACAGCAGUGUGGAGAAAAUUGUGUCAGAGUUGACCAUAAUCAAAGAGCAGCUGCAACAUCCAAACAUAGUCAAAUAUUACAAGACCUUCUUAGAAAAUGACAGAUUGUUAAUAGUUAUGGAGCUAAUAGAAGGGGCUCCUCUUAGAGAACACUUUAAUUCUCUCAAGGAAAAACAGCAACAGUUUACAGAAGAACGAAUCUGGAAUAUCUUUAUACAAAUAUGUUUAGCACUGCGUUAUUUGCACAAAGAGAAAAGAAUUGUACAUAGAGACCUUACACCAAACAAUAUCAUGCUGGGUGAAAAGGAUAAAGUAACUAUAACUGACUUUGGCCUUGCAAAGCAAAAACAGGAAAACAGCAAGCUUACCUCAGUGGUUGGGACCAUUCUGUACUCCUGCCCUGAGAUUGUGAAGAGUGAGCCAUAUGGAGAAAAGGCUGAUGUCUGGGCAGUGGGGUGCAUCCUUUAUCAGAUGGUUACUCUAAAUCCACCCUUCUACAGUACAAACAUGCUUUCAUUGGCGACUAAAAUAGUUGAGGCUGUUUAUGAACCAGUCCCAGAGGGAGUCUACUCUAAAAAAAUGACAGACAUCAUUAAAUGGUGUUUGACUCCAGAUGCAGAGUUGCGUCCAGACAUUGUGGAGGUCAGUGCCAGGAUCUCAGAUGUUAUGAUGAAAUAUGUAGACGGUUUGUGCAUAUCCCAGCUUGCCCUGGAGAAGAAACUCGACAGAGAGAGGAGACGCACACAGAAGUAUUUCCUUGAGGCAAACAGGAGCGUGUUGAGCUGUCCUGUAUUAUCACAGGGGCCUUAUGACAAAUCAAGCAGUCUGAGCAGUAGCAGUGGAGCUGCCAGCAUUAAGAGUGAAUCAUCAGAAAUGACUGAAACACCAUCAUACAGUUUUCAAACCAGUCCAGUGGAAGAGAGGGAUGAUAAACCGAAUGAGGGUUACUUUCCAGAGGAUAACUGUGCUUCAGAGAGCGCUGAACGGGGUUCUGAUGAAGAAUUGGAUACAUCUGAUACAUCAAACAGCUCCACUUCAAGUCCUAGUAAGGAUUUAGCUUUGACUCAACUGUCUUUUUCUUCACUUAAGCCAGUGACUACAGCUCUUGCUCUGGCUCACUCGGGGGAGAGAAAGCAGGCUGUAGGAUGGCAGGGUUGUAGUCUUCCAGCAGUAGUACUUCACAGUAUUAAGUGCAAAGCAUCUGCUGGAAUUGCAGUGUCACAAAGGAAAGUGCGUCAGAUAAGUGAUCCGAUCCAGCGCAUUCUUAUUCAGCUGCACAAAAUGAUCUAUAUUACACAGCUUCCACCUGCUUUGCACCACAACUUCAAAAGGAGAGCAAUUGAAAGGUUCAAAAAAUCACUGUUCUGUCCACAGAGUAACCCAAGCAACUUAAAAGUAGAAAUAAAAAAGCUUCUGCAAGGCUCUCCAGAAUUAAUAGAGUCCAUCUUUAUAAGUACAGAUUGCCGAUUUUUAUGUCAUUCCUUAGGGGGAAAUUCAAUUGUCCCAGAAGAUAAGGCAGGUAACACCUGCAAUGUUGACUAUCAAGAAGGAGUAACAUAUGAACAGAUGCAGACCAUGAUUGAAGAAGUUCUGGUAGAAAAUGGAUACUAUAGUGUAACACCAAAUAGGAAUCAUUCGUAUCCAUGGGGAAGCAAGAAUGUUCUUGCUGCAAGGAGAUAAUUACUGUCUAACAGUGUCUGUGAUACCAUAGCAAGAGGAAGUCCUCAUACUGCCAAUACCGCACUGAAUAGAAAUGUGCUUCCCAACCAUGCCAGUGGUAAUCAAAGAGCCUUGAUAUAUGAGGACUUAUCUCCAGGUCCCUUAUGCAAUGAACCCUAAUUAACCUAUUGUCACAAUACUUUAAUUGUGAUAUUCUAAUAUACAGUGUAUCUUAUGAUAUUGCAUCUAAUAAAUGCUAAUGAAAAUAAUGUGCAAAACAACUAAUAUGAAUAGCUUGAAGGUUAAGGAUGAAUAACAUGUCCUUUCAAAUAACUGCAACUGGCAAAUAGUCUACAAAGGCCAAUUAACACCAUCCAUGUGUUUCCAUUGAAAAUGUAUUGAAUUUUUGAUAGAAAAAUCUUUCGAAGGAAGGUUAUAGAAGCUUAAUUUUAUAGCUGAUUUACAAUGGAUCCACAAUAGAUUAAUUUACCCAGUGGUACCUUUAAUUAUCCAAGACGAAGGUCUUGAAAAUAAACACAUAUUACAUAUAUUGAAAUAUGAAAUAUAUUGAGAUACAGAAACCUAUAGGACUCAAUCCAUUAUGCUUCCUGGCUUUUUUUCAUAAUAGCAUUAUUGAUUCCAAUAUUGGACAAAAAAUUGGAAACACGUAUAUAUUGGGCCUGAUUCUGAUGACAGGGCAAACCUCCAAAUGCAAGGACAAAAUGCUUUUGCCCCUGAUUUUGAUUAAAAAAAACACAGCGCAAACGGGAGCAAACUGCUUUUGUCAUGUAAUGCGAUUUUGAUGGCAUAUUUUGCCUUGUACGCUAGUGCCAAUCGGCAUAACUGUCAGGAUAUGACCUCAUUUGCAUGUUAACUUUGAGUGAUUUUGAUGAUGGCACAGUCAGGGGCAACUGUAUCCCAGACUAACCAGGUAAGGGGAAGUUUAUUUGAAAAACAGGUGCUGUCGAUUCCAUUACAAAAAGGGAACAGCAAGUGCUGAAUGAGCGAGGGAGCUAG